CGACUCCAUUCCCUCAUCACUUGGCUUUGUGCAAAAUAAUGGACGUUUUAUGGACUUCAAUGAACCAGGUAAGGGUGAACGCCUGCGCAAUACCGACUGGCGGAACUUCCGGCAAAAUAGUGCCCCUAACAACAGACCCAGGCGAGUGAAGUAGGAUCAUUACGAAGAAAUUGAACACGUUGACUCGAAUAAAGAGCGUUACCCUAAUGGGUCCGGACAGCCUCCGCACGCGCUCCCAGUGAAGCCCGCAGCCCCGCCCCCAGCGCCGUGGCCCCCUGACUACAGCCCCCCGCCCCACCCCCUUCUGAAGAUGGACGAGCUGCAGGAUCUGCCCGAGCUUCCGACUAAGAAGCCUCGGCAGGAGCUGGACGUUGGCCUGGAAAAGGGUCCGAGGGGAGGGGGGGUUACCGACGGCAACAGCCCGUCAGAUGCGGGCAAUCCAGCCGUCCUGGGGUCGGACCUAAACCCUUUCCCCCCUCCUACUGGCGCCCAGCUGGAAGGGAGUCGCAGGUCAGAGGCGGGGACAGAAGCUCAACCCUGCAAUGAGACCAGUGACUCAUUUACGCACCCCGCUGUGACCUGCAAAGGCCUCACCACCACCUCUAGUGAUUAUUCUACACAACUCUGCCAAGGAACCAGGUCCCUGGGACACGUCCUGUCCCCCCCCGCCGUUCCGGCAGUCACCUCGUACCCGAGCCAGCCGUCCUUCCCCCCGCUGGCCCAGUCCACCAUCUACAGCGCCUUUCCCCCCGCCAGCCAGGGCUACGGCCUGCCCCCCUUCGGAACCAUGUGGCCAGGCAUAAAGACGGAGACGGGGCUGCCCGAGGCGCCCUCUGUAGGUCAGCCAGGGUAUCUCAGCUUCAGCACCGCGUAUACCUCAACCCAGCCCGGCCAGGCGCACUACUCGUACCCGAGCCAAGGGUCGAGCUUCAACACCUCCAGCGUGUACACCUGCAUCCCCUCCGGUACCGCGGCAACGACGGCGUCCACCACCGCAGCCCAGCAGGAGUAUAACUACAGCACCCUGGGCCAGGGCACGUUCCCUCAGUUUUACACGCCCCCCAGCUACGCCACGGCGGGCCUGACCAUCACCAGCGCCGAGGGGGACGGCGUGAACAUCACAGGCUACCCCGUCCCGAAGACGGAGGGCAGCUCCACGGCCGGGCUGCCCGGCGAAUCAGAUGCCUCGUCGGGCGUGGCCCUCAACCCGCCGCCCUGCGACCCGGAGGAGGCGGGCCGUCGCAACAGCGGCGGGAAAGCCAAGGGCAAGGCCAAGAAGACUGACAGCUCCCAGUCCGCCGACAACGACCUGGAGCGGAUCUUUCUGUGGGAUCUGGACGAGACCAUCAUCGUCUUCCAUUCCCUCCUCACCGGGACCUUCGCACACAAGUUUGGCAAGGAGCCGUCCACCGUCCUGAACCUGGGCCUGCAGAUGGAGGAGCUGAUCUUCGAGCUGGCGGACACGCACCUGUUCUUCAACGACCUGGAGGACUGCGACCAGGUUCACGUGGAGGACGUGUCCUCCGACGACAACGGGCAGGAUCUGAGCAACUACAACUUCAUGGCGGACGGCUUCAGCAGCUCCGGGGGCGGCGGCGGCGGCGGCGGCGGGGGGGGCCCGGGCUCCGCCAGCGGGGUGCAGGGGGGCGUGGAGUGGAUGCGAAAACUGGCCUUCCGCUACCGGCGCCUCCGGGAGAUCUACAACAGCUACAAGAGCAACGUCGGGGGCCUGCUGAGCCCCAUGAAGAGGGAGAUGCUCCUGAGGCUCCAGACGGACAUCGAGAACGUGACGGACGCCUGGCUGAGCACCGCCCUCAAGUCCCUGCUCCUCAUCCAGUCCAGGGGCAGGUGUGUGAAUGUGCUGGUCACCACGACCCAGCUGGUCCCUGCGUUGGCCAAGGUGCUACUCUACGGCUUGGGAGACGUCUUCCCCAUCGAGAACAUCUACAGUGCCACCAAAAUAGGGAAAGAGAGCUGCUUUGAGCGAAUCGUCUCUCGUUUUGGGAAGAAGGUAACGUACGUGGUGAUCGGAGACGGCCGGGACGAGGAAUUUGCAGCCAAGCAGCACAACAUGCCGUUCUGGCGCAUAUCCACACACGCAGACCUGGUGUCCCUGCACCAAGCCCUGGAGCUGGACUUCCUGUAGAGGGUCAGGGGCGAGAGAGGGGGGAUUGGGCGAUGUGGAGCCCAGCCCCUCCCCUGUCUGCCUCGACCACGCCCCCUUCCAGCCCCUUGCAGCUUGACCCUCCCCGCCUCUCCCCUGCCCCCCCCCCCAGCCCACCAUGCUACAGUGGUACAGGAGCCUGGUAUGUUUGUGAUUCACACCGAACUGGACAGGACCCAACACCGGGUCAGUCUCUGCAAACCCUGCCCAUCCCAUCCCCCCUCCCCCCCUCCACCCACCUGACGGCAGCUAUCCACUCUGGGGCCGGCCCUGUCACAAGCAGCACAUCUGUACAGGACUGAGGAGAACAGGAGGAGGGGGAGCAGUCUCUCUGUCUCUCUCUCUCUUCCUCUCUCUCCCCCUACCCCCCUAUCUCUGUCUCUGUCUCCCUCACCACAGAACAGACCAAAGGUUCGCACUGAGCUCAAAACUUUGAGGUGAUUUAGGUUUUGUUCUUUACUGUGAUUUUUUUUUCCCACACACAUUAGGGCUAUUCAUCAAACAGUGACGUCAUCUUAAAUUCACCACCUGUUUAUGUGAAUACCUGCACUCAUAUAAACACACGUACACACACUGACCCACACACACACACACACACACACAGACCUUUUGUGCAGAAUUAACAUCCCUUCUUGUGGGCCAUCGAAGCCUUUACCUAACGUUCGGUUAUGAUCCUGGUUUGCUGUUCUUAAAGUAAUGAU